CGUCGGCCUGGUCCGCGCGCGCGCGCGCUGGGACGGGGCUGAGGGAGCUCGAGACGCGCGGCGUUGGCUGCGGCCAUUCGGUCAGCGCGUGGGUCCGGGUGACCAGCGGACGGGAGGGUCUGAGGGCAUUAUGGUCUGCUGCGAAACCGGUUAAGCGAAGUAAACCACCUACACCGUGCCCCAGAUCCCCUAACUCUAACGGUAGAGUAAUUGCACCGCUACUGAAAAACAGACGACGACGACGAUACCGACUUGGAUACUUGUGAAACGAACGGUCGAGUGAACUGAACAACAGAGAAGGCUGAAGUGAUUUUGGCAGGAAGCAUAUGGAAAUAAUGAGUUUCAUGGAAUCAAGAACGCAAUUCGUGCAAAAGACUUGGUUUAUUUAGAAAGCGACAGGGCAAUCCUACUGAGAAUGAACGUGGGGUUUGGGGUUUAUGAAAUAGCCAUGAAGACGAAGGGGAGAAAGGCCGUGGAAGGUGUGAAGGACGAAAUAAACACGAAGGUUAGAAAUUCACGAGAUAACUAGUGAUGCCGAUCGAAGGACAUAAAGGCAUGGGGCGUGUGUCCAAAUCUGAUGAGGGUUCCAGAGAUGGUUCGAGGGGAAGUUCAUGCAGUUCAACUCCUCUGGCUGACACCGAUCGACUCAAGGAUAAAAUGCGCCGCCGUAUUGAAUCAAGAGAUAUCUGGUUCUCCCUGGAGUUUUUUCCUCCACAAACGGCCGAUGCUGCUGUUAAUCUGAUCUCCAGGUUUGACCACAUGGCUGUUGGUGGGCCGCUCUUCAUUGGUGUCACCUGGCGCCCUGCUGGGGACCCAGGUGGCGACAAAGCGACAUCUUCUAUGGCCAUUGCCAGUACAGCAGUAAAUUAUUGUGGCCUCGAGACACUGUUGCACUUAACCUGCUGUAACCAAACCAAGGAUCAGAUCACACAGCACCUGAAGAAGGCUCAUAGUCUUGGACUGAAGAACAUAUUUGCACUCCGUGGUGAUCCCCUGGGUGAUGAGUGGAAGACUGAAGAAGAAGGAUUUAAUUAUGCUAGUGACUUGGUCAAACACAUUCGCUGCGAGUUUAAUGACUAUUUCGACAUCUGUGUGGCUGGUUACCCAACUGGGCACCCUGAUUGCGGCAGUUACAAGGAGAAUCUCAGACAUCUGAAAGUAAAGACAGAUGCUGGCUCAGACUUUAUCAUCACCCAACUAUUCUUCAAACCUGAGACCUUCCUAAAGUUUUAUACGGACUGCCGUGCAAUAGGAAUUACUUGCCCCAUUCUGCCAGGGAUAUUUCCCAUUCAGAGUCAUCACUCACUGCUACAACUGGCCAAACUCUCCAAGCUGCAGGUUCCACAGGAAAUCAAAGAUGUCAUUGACCCAAUCAAGGAUAAUGAUGAUGCUGUUAGAAACUAUGGUAUUGACUUGGCCACUGAAAUGUGCAGGGUUCUACUGAAGUCGGGGUUGGUGCCAGGGCUCCACUUCUACACCCUGAACCGAGAGGUGGCUACUGUUGAGAUUUUGAAACGACUCGGACUGUGGACUGAGGACCCUAGGCGAGUGUUGCCAUGGACCAUCAGUGCCAAUCCAAAACGAAAGAUUGAGGAUGUCCGACCGAUAUUUUGGGCUUCGAGGCAGAAGAGUUAUAUCUACAGAACCCAGGACUGGGAUGAAUUUCCAAAUGGAAGAUGGGGGAACUCGUCAUCUCCUGCAUUUGGCGAGUUGAAUGGUUACUAUCUUUUCUAUCUGACGAAUAAAUGUCCCAAGGAGGACCUGCUGAAGAUGUGGGGGGAAGAACUGGUAGACAAAAAUAGCAUCUUCGAUGUCUUCACAGCAUAUAUCACUGGGCAGCCCAACAGCAAUGGGAUAAAGGUGACAUGCAUGCCCUGGAACAAUGAUGCUCUGGCACCAGAAACAUCCUUGAUGAAAGAUGAACUGGAGAAGGUGAACCAAAUGGGAAUUCUCACCAUAAACUCCCAGCCCAACAUUAAUGCUAAACCUUCAACUGACCCCGUGGUGGGCUGGGGGCCUGAGGGAGGCUAUGUAUUUCAGAAGGCAUAUCUUGAGUUUUUUACCUCCUCUGAAAAUAUAUCUACUCUGCUCAAAGUUCUGAAGAAAUAUGAAAUGCGUGUGAACUACCAGAUUGUGAAUGUGAAGGGCGAGAAUAUAAAUAAUGCUUUCAAUCUGCAACCGAUUGCGGUUACAUGGGGUAUCUUCCCAGGCCGUGAGAUAAUUCAGCCCACAGUGGUCGAUCCUAUCAGCUUCAUGUACUGGAAGGAUGAAGCCUUCGCCCUGUGGAUUGAACAAUGGGGAAAAUUGUAUCCAACUGGCUCUCACUCUCAAAAGAUAAUUCAAGAUAUUCAUGAUCAGUAUUACCUGGUCAAUCUUGUGGAUAAUGACUUUCCACUUGAGAACUGUCUCUGGCAGGUUAUUGAUGACCUCUUUAAGUUAAAGGCAUCAGAACAGACGCAUGGUUCAGCUUGAGACAUACCAGUGGAGUUAAGUUGUCUCAAUGUCCAGGAUAACUUGCAAUCUCAAAUAGGCAUUAAAUGUUGAUGUGCCCAUGGACUCAACAUGAGAGGAACACCACAUCUCAGCCUGCCGUGUGCAAAUCAAGAUGUCCCUGAACUGAGCAGAAUGGAUUUCUAAUAGUAUUUGAUGGUGUGUUGUGAUUUGUGUUGCUUUGCACAGAACGAGCAGUAUUUCUACAGGUUUCAGCAGAAGAACAGGAUUGAAUAAGUACUUGGUUCUGGCAAAGCCUGUUAAUAAUGGAAGAUCAUUUAUUUAUUAUGUCUCCAUAUCUCCAUUGUUCAGCAAAUGCCAAAUGACCAUUUUUCAUUUGGAUGUAAUGGUAAGUACUCUGCAAGAGUUAGGAAAUUGCACCUGAAGCUUGACUGCUUUUGCCAAACAUCUAGAAUGGAAUCAUUCAGUAUCCGCUAGUCUAAUCAGAGCAGGCAAUUGUUGUAGCUUGUUUACAUCCCCUUACCACUUUGUACACGUGUAACACUUGUUGUAUUGUAGUAGUUGAGAUCCUAACCAAAAAUCUCAUUCUAAGAGUAAGUAGUGUGGAUUGGAUAAAUUACAUUUCCACAGUGGAGUGGGGUGUCACAGGUAAUAUGGUUCUUUGACCAACAUCGCCUGGGCCCAUGACUGAACCAAUUUUUGUUGUCUCACUACAAGCCCAUAUUGCAAUGUUCAGUGGUGAGAUCAGAGGUUUAUGGGGUAAAGUUGUUUACAAGUCUAACCCACUGAAUUGAUAGCUUACAAUUUAGACCUGCCACCAGCUAUUCUCUUGAAUAAUUCUGAUCUCUUCUUGUUUUCAUGUUUUUCUUAAUAUUUGCUGGAAGACAGAUGCUUUUCUUGGACUGUGCAAUGAACAUGUCUUGAUAUAAUCUAGGUAUUAAAAUAACCCUGAACCCAUGUUUAAGCUUAGUUUAGAAACUGGCUUAAACUGUCUUGUUUUCGAUUCUACAUUGUGGAAAGCCCUAUUGUUGGCUGCUGACCUGCAGUAUAUUUAUAUAACUGGGAAUCAGUGAUGUUACAGGGUCCUAGCAUGAGUGUGGCAGUAAAGAUGUCAAAUGUCCCUCUAUAGAUUCCAUCAAUCCCAUGUGCAGGAUCUAUUGAAAUAAUCUGAGCAGCCUGGAAAUGUGAGGAAUAGAUAGUGCCAUAGUAUUUUUUAAUGUUUGUCUGAGGGUGCAGUUGGAGGUGUGUUCAAAUCACUAGAGAGGGAUAUAAAAUCAUGUGUUUAUUUGGGUACUAUUGUGGGAGUUUGUGACAUGUAAAUCACUGCUGUAUUUCUUUAAAUUCCAACAGUAACCACUCCAAUAAAAUGCAUUGGCUACAAAGCUCUAACAAUAAAAAGGAAAUAAACUUGGAUAUAGAUCUGGCACUAAAUUCAGAUUAUGACAAAGUUGCUCAACAUCAACCUUGCAAAGUCCAACUCGAACGGCUGUCUGGUGUCUAAAUUUGGACAGCUGUUGUAACAAGUUAUAGCUGAUGUAGGCAUACUCCUAAAGCCAUAACUUACUCAAAAUGUGCCAAAAUGCUUCCUCAAUCCCUGAGUAUAUCCUGUCCUGCUGGCAGGACAGACCGAGUAGGAGUAGUAGCAUAGUAGUAUUCGGGUGGGAGAAAAUAGCCCUGCCAGUCCUCAAUAUUGACUAGAUCCUGUGAAGUCUCCUGGCAUCUGGUUGAGCACAAAAAAAGAAACCUUCCCCUGAUUAUUGCCAACAGCUAAUGAAGUGUUUCUCCAUAUUACACAAUGUUUGGAAGUAUCAAAGAUACAGAAUGUACUCUGGACGGAGAGCGAAAGUGUUCACCACCAAGAAUGCUUGGGAGGGCCAGCACUGAUUAAACUAAAGGACAUGGCUGCCAAACUGAGUCUGAAUCAACAUGAGCUAUAAUUCAGCUUAAUUCAGGGAAAUUAAGGAAUUUGCCAACACCAUUUGCAUUUAAAUGUCACUGCCAACAUUCCUUAAACAGCCAAGAGAAAAGUAAAUGUUUAAAUUAUGUCAGCUUGCUGAUGUAACCCACUUAUUAAAUGUAACCAUUGCUAAACGACUAAUUUUGUAAGACAUUUGUAAACGGUGAAAUACGGUGCACCUGACUGCAUAAGCUUGGUGGUAGUUGGACAUAUCCUUAGUUUGAGUUGCCUCUGGCCUCUUGUGGGAUGGGCACUGUGGGAAGUCCCCAACAUUAGGAGAUGCAUAGUUGCCAAGGGUAAGUGAGCUUGUGGAAUUCGUGGGAGAUGCAGUGCACUUCAACCCAUAUUUUGUGUGAAAAAUUCUGUGGAAUAUGAAGAUCUCUGAAAAGAAGCAUUGGUAAUAAUACUCUUUGACAUCACUGCUACUGAUUAUUAAAAUACUAUGUUUUACUUUGAA